UGAUGCACGUGAGUGCAGUGACUAACGAUGCCUAAGGUCAAAGACUAUGAUAAAAGCAACAUAGAUGGGGCAGUGCAAGACGUCAUCAACAAAGUUGAAUCAUAUAGAUCACAGAAUUGAAAUAUGGAGUUCCGAAAUCGACUAUAGAACUUAAAAUUAAGCAUCCUGAUUACAAAAAUACUUGUGGUCCCUCACCUGUUCUGAACGAAGAGGAAGAGAUGAUAUUGGUGAACUGGAUCCUAGAAACAGCACGAAAAGGAUUUCCAAAGAAGGCGAACGACCCCAAGUCCAGUGUUCAAAAUUUUUUAAAUGAUCAUCCGCGGAAAAAUCCUUUCAACAACAAUAGGCUUGGCGAUGGAUGGGUUAAAGCUUUUCUGAACAGGCAUCCGGAAAUUGUUGAAAGAAGUAGCGAAUCUGUGAGCGCAGCUAGUGCGCGUGUAUCCGAAAAGGAUAUCAGACUAUGGUUCUCUGAAUUAGAAACUUACAUAAAAGGAAAUGACUUGGAAGAUGCGAUAUCUGAUCCUACUCGAGUAUAUAAUGCAGAUGAAACAGGAUUUGAAGUUAGCCCUUCUACUGGCAAAGUAUUUGCGAAACGUGGUGCAAAAAACGUUUACACAAUCGAUAGAGGUGCAGCAAAAUAAAAUAUAACAGUUAUCUUUGCUUUUUCAGCUAAUGGGGAAAUUGGUGUACCUAUGAUCAUUUACCCCUACGUGAGAUUUACUGAAAAGAUUGCUAAAUCAGUAAACCCAGAGUGGGGCAUCGGCCGUAGCCCUAAAGGAUGGAUGACCAGCGAAACAUUCUAUGAAUAUA